UGUUUGGUUUUUAUUUAUUUACGUCCUCCUCUGCUGUCAUUGGACGCAUCAGUCCGACAGCGUCAGACAGACCGAGUGCUCUUUAAUGAAACCUGAAAAACUCUUUCCUUCCUCUCGGCCAAUCAGACGACAGCGUGAAACAGAUGAUUCAGCAGUUUUUCGGAGCUCAGUGAGACUCUGAGAGGAUGAAAUCAGGUCACUUUAUCUGACGGAACACUUGAUCCACAUGUCAGGAUCAUCCUGGACAUCUUUCCCUCCGGUCUGGUGGAGGUUCAUCAGCUGAUCUGGUCCACUUGGUCCUUGCAGCAGAAGAGGCCGUCGGGGGAUUUGGAGGAAACUCGCUGGAUCUUCUCCGACUGACUGAAGAUGUGUCCCGCGGCCUUCUGGGGGGGGAAAAAAUCCGGCUCAUUGUGAGAGCUGCGACAUCAAACCCGGCGUCCCCGAGCGUCUCUGCGAGCAGCUGCAGACCAGCAGAGACGACUGCUGAGCUCCCAGAAAACAUCCCGCCAACUGUCAACAAAACUUCAUCCAACCUGACUGCAGAAAAUGAUCUUUUCCUUGUUAUUGCAAUAAUAUUAUUCAGCAGAAUUCAUUUAACAUCUGGUUUAAAUUCAUGUGCAUGAAGGUAAAAAUGCGUUUUUAGAGCCAGAAGAAGCCGUGAAGGAAGGAAAAUCUGAAUAAAGCGAUAAACUGGAGGAACAGUAACGAUAGCAGAGCGAUGCGUCAGAGAUGAAGAUCAACCUCCCGACAGACUGAAUACACGUUAUUGGUCCUACUGGUCUUACUGGUCCUACUGGUCCAGCUGUCAUCAGGUCUCUGUUAAACUAAACUGGGUCAGACCAGGUUUCACCAGACACCCUGAAGUACAGUUCUAACCUACUAGCUCCUGUAUUUACAUCUUCAACUGGUCUCUCACAGCCUGCAAAGUUCCAUCUUGUCUUAAGUCGGCUGUGAUAGAACUGGUUUCCAGUAAACCCAGUGUCAGUGGUUUGAAUGACUACAGGCUUUAACUUGAUGAAGGUGUUGAGAGGCUGGUCUGUAGACGUCUCUAAUGCAGAUCUAGACCCACGUCAGUUUACUAACAGGGUAAACAGCAGGACCUUCUACAUCUAGAGGGUCCUGCUACCGGUGCCAGGUCCUGCUCGUGGACUACAGUAAAGCCUUCAACACAAUCCUUCCCUGAAAACUGCUGGAUAUUAUUAUUAUUACUUUUAUAUAAUAGAACACAAGUGGUAAAAAUCAGGAAUAUGUUCUCCAAACCCAGAACAGAGAACGCUCCUCAGACUGUACAUCAAACUCUGACCCGUCAAAAUCACAACGUUUGCUGACGACACUCCGCUCGCCGUCUGAUCAGGAAACGACGAGUCAGUAAACAGGAGGAAGGUGUAAAACCUCAGAGAUGCUUCUAGACUGUCGGGAACGAGCUGAAGCUCAUGGAGAUAAACGGUGAAGUGGGUGAAAAGGUGGAGAACUUUAAAUUCAAACACUAUAAUCAUGAAACGUCAUCAGAGAUUAUCUCUGUGACAACUGAAGAGGUUCAGGUUUUCUUCUGAGGCAGCGGUGGAGACGUUCUGAUGUUCUCCAUCACUGUCUGGUACAGGAACACAACAGCACAGGACACAUCUGGAGGGAACAUAGAGACCAGGUCUCGUACAGUAAAGGCAGGCCGUAUCCUGAGAGGCAAGACCCAGGGCAGAAAACGUCCCCAAACGCCCGGCUGCUGUGAAACAGGAUCUUUAGAAGUGAGGAUGAAGAUGUUUCCUCUGGUUGAAGCUUCCUGACUGUCAGACAGAAGAGAGUCCGGCGUCUCUGCAGGGAAACAAAUACUGUGUCGACACUGUGUUUGUGUCAGAGAGGUGUGAAGGAUUCAGGUCUGAGUCUCCUGAGAGAAGAAGAAGAAGAAGAAGAAGAAGAAGAAGAAGAAGAAGCCUUUCAAUAUUGAUGAGCACAGUUUCACUGAUGUGGGAGGAAGAUAAAGAGACGCUCAGCGACUGCAGAUCAGAAAGAAGCAGCAGAGAAAACACACCUGGAUCUUCACUAGAUAUGAAAUAUAUAAUAAACUCUCUGGUUUCAUUAUAACAGUCUGAUAGUGUUGCACAUUUGUUCUUUUAGCAUCAAAGUGAAAUUAAACUUUUUUGUCUCCUACAGCAGCACAUCUCCUCUGUAAAUCUCCAUUUUUCUCCUUUUUAAUAAUAAAAAAACUAUUAACAUAAUUAAUAACAUUAAAUGUUAUUAAGUGGAGCAAUUAAGAACCUCAUUCAGAUUAAUUCCUCAUCAGAUAUAAACAGAUUUCUUUUCUUCUUCCUGAUGAUGAUUUAAACCUUCAACACGGACCUCUGCGCGCGACCUGUCUCCACCUCGCGGGCGCGCGGCCCUGCGUGUGUGUUGUCACCGCCCGCAGCUGAUUAUCAAACACACACACACAGACACAUAAUCACCGCCCGUCCCGCAGACACACACACUCAUUAACCCUGAGCGCGGCAGGCCGCUUCCUGACGCGGCGCUGCGGCGCGUAAAGCGGCGGAGAGCUCGGUGUGAUCCGCGGGGCUUCACCGCCGACACGCCCCCAACAGAGAGAGAGAGAGAGAGAGAGAGAGAGAGGGAGGGGAGAGAGCGGGGAGAGGGGAGGAGAGAGUGAAGAGAGAGAGAGGGAGUAACGUGGGUUUCCGCUCUUCUCUCAGCAGCACCUGUGUGACCACAGAACGAGCCGCGAACAUCUUCUCUCCUCCGCUGCGGUUCGGUUCGGCUCAGUGUGGAUCAGCGCGGCUGCCGGAGCGGCGGAGCUCUCUCUCUCUCCCUCUCUCUCUCCCUCUCUCUCUCUCUGUCUCUCUCUCUCUCUCUCUCGUGUCGCUGUUCACCGCGGGAGCAGUUUGGGGACCGGGAGACUCUGCCGGGGAGACCCGGAGGGAGGGCAUGCCUGCGGCGGCUCGGUGCCAGCUCUGCGUCCCGGUGAGGAGCGCGGGAUUAUCCGGACGCUGCUGAACUUGUUGCUGUCGGAGGAAACACCGACUAGUGAGGAGAAAAAGUACCGACAACACGCCGAGGAACGGCUCUAUGAACCGGAUCUUAUCUGACUACUGAAGCCUCGGAGUGUUUCUGCCUGUGGAGAGUUUAUUCAGUUUUUCUGCUUCUCAAACACACAAACAGCUGCUGAGCUCGCACUGCUCACAUGUGGAUUUCUUUGUUUUGGGCUGUUUUUUUGAGGUGACUUUGCUGCAGUUUCGAUUUUACGAUUUCGUGCGUAAAAUCUAUUUUUCUUCUGGAGAGAGUCGCUUUGGUUCCAUCUGUUGCCUGUUUCUCUGUGUUUCGUCUCCACAUGUCCUCCCGUCGCUCCGCGGCUCCGUGAAUCCUCCUCUAACGCGCUUCUGUACAGCUCCAGGACCCACCGGGCUCCUCCAGGACCUCCAGGACCGGGCUGCUCCAGGACCGGGCAGCAUGGCAGCAGGAGUGGCGGCGUGGCUGCCGUUCGCCCGCGCGGCGGCCAUCGGCUGGAUGCCGGUGGCCAGCGCGCCCAUGCCGGUUCCCCCGAAGCAGAAGCAGCGCGGGCAGGACGGGCUGAUCGUGCUGAACGUGAGCGGCACAAAGUUCCAGACGUGGCGGGACACUCUGGAGCGGUACCCGGACACCCUGCUGGGCAGCUCGGAGCGGGACUUCUUCUUCCACGAGGAGACCAGCGAGUACUUCUUCGACCGCGACCCGGACAUCUUCCGGCACAUCCUGAACUUCUACCGCACCGGGAAGCUGCACUACGCGCGGCAGGAGUGCAUCUCCGCGUACGAUGAGGAGCUGGCGUUCUUCGGCAUCAUCCCGGAGAUCAUCGGGGACUGCUGCUACGAGGACUACAAAGACCGGCGACGGGAGAACCAGGAACGGAUCCAGGACGACGAGGAGAGCGACCAGACCAACGACCUGGUCUCGCCGGACAUGAGUUUCCGGGAGACAAUGUGGCGCGCCUUUGAGAACCCGCAUACCAGCACCAUGGCGCUGGUCUUCUACUACGUCACUGGCUUCUUCAUCGCGGUGUCGGUGCUCGCCAACGUGGUGGAGACGGUCCCGUGCGGCUCCGCGCCGAACCGCGUCAAGGAGCUGUCGUGCGGGGAGCGGUACGCGCUGGCUUUCUUCUGCCUGGACACCGCGUGCGUCAUGAUCUUCACGGUGGAGUACCUGCUGCGCAUGCUCGCCGCGCCAAGCCGCUACAAGUUCGUGAAGAGUGUGAUGAGCAUCAUCGACGUGGUGGCCAUCAUGCCGUACUACAUCGGCCUCGUCAUGACGGACAACGAGGACGUGAGCGGCGCCUUCGUCACUCUGCGCGUCUUCAGGGUGUUUCGGAUUUUCAAAUUCUCGCGGCACUCCGCGGGACUUCGCAUCCUGGGCUACACGCUGAAGAGCUGCGCGUCAGAGCUCGGCUUCCUCCUCUUCUCCCUCACCAUGGCCAUCAUCAUCUUCGCCACCGUCAUGUUCUACGCAGAGAAAGGAUCCAGCGGCAGCAAGUUCACCAGCAUCCCCGCCGCCUUCUGGUACACCAUCGUCACCAUGACAACACUGGGAUACGGCGACAUGGUUCCAAAGACCAUCGUGGGGAAGAUCUUUGGCUCUAUCUGCUCGCUGAGCGGCGUGCUGGUCAUCGCCCUGCCGGUGCCCGUCAUCGUCUCCAACUUCAGCCGGAUCUACCACCAGAGCCAGAGAGCCGAGAAGAGACGAGCUCAGAAGAAAACCAGGCUUGCUAGAAUUCACGCGGUGAAGAGCGGAGGGGCUAACGCUUAUUUGCAGUACAAACGCAACCAGCUGCUGAUUGGCCCAGACGAGGAGGCAUCCAAGGAGGCAGGACAGGCGCUGGUGUGCAAGAUCAACCCCAACUUUGAGGUGCAUCAUCAUCACCUUCUGCACUGUUUGGAGAAAACCACGAAUCACGACUUUGUGGACGAGAAGACGUAUGAGUCGAGCUGCAGGGAGGUGGGUCUGGUGAAGCAGGUGUCUCGCUCUUCCUCCCUCUCCUCCUCCUCCUCGCCUCAUGGCUUCACCUCCUGCUGCUCUCGCAGGAAGAGGAAGAGCUUCAACGUCCCGAACUCUAACAUGUCGGUGGGUCUGCAGGGCAGCCUGCAGGAGCUGAGCACCAUCCAGAUCAGAGAGAGGCCGCUGACCAACAGUCGCUCCAGUCGUUCCAGUCUGAACGCCAAAUUUGAGGAGACAGUUCCUCUGAACUGUGACCAGCCGUACAUCACCGCCGCUGUCAUCAGCAUGCCCACGCCACCCGGCACCACGCCCGAAGGCGAUGAAUCAGCGAGCUCCACCGACUAUUCACAGGCCAACAUCGUCCGAGUGUCCGCACUCUAGACUCGGAAACCGAUACGGAAACACAAUCCACCCGGCUGGAGGAUGACGGGGUCAGAGGUCAGAGGUCGGCGGCCCCGCACCACCACAGACUCACCGGGUUUGGAUGACGUGUCCGCGAUGAAGUGACGGGUCAGCUCGAAUAGUUCAAACCUCUGGUGGAGGAAAACAUUGUUCUGAACGCACUAAAUCUCAGCUAACCUCGCCUUGGAUUACUUUUUCUUUCUCUUUUCUCUUCAGAAAGGAUUUUUAUUCCAGCAGCCGAAGGAGAAGAGAGAAUAGUAGCAGCUCGGCUGAUGACUGAUCUCUUCCUGAGAUACAUUUAAAUAUCAUAUUGCUAUUUUUCCAAUCCUGUAUGUCUUCAAAUUUGAUGUCUUAAAAUACAAAGAGAGCUGAAGGUAACAUAGAUUCUUUAGUUUGUAGUUUAAGGACAUUUUGGGAACAACACUUGGUAACCGUCUUAUCCAGAGUCAGAUGAGAAAAUGGAUAUCCGCCUCUGCUUCUCUGUGACAUCAGCACAGAAAUGCAUUUUACUUAGCUUAGCACAAAGACUGGAAGCAGGUGGAAACUGCUAGCCUCGCUCCAUCAAGAGAAAAAGUCCACAACACUAAAGCUGUUUGAUUUACAUAUCGUACCUUCCUUAACUAAGUUAAUCAAUUCAAGAGUAUUGUAUUAAUAAAGCGCUCAAAGAUGCUUUACACAACAAGUUAAAAGGAUCCUAAACUACUAAAAGCACAAGGUAGCAAUGAUGCUAACUCGAUUCACAGCUUUCCUCAGAUUUUGUGAAGUGUUAGCAUUAAAGAGAAAAGCUCUGCUAACCCAUAUUCUUGCAAAAGACAAAAUUACAUUUAUAUUAUUACAUAAAACACCUCUGUGACCUGUUGGAAAGUCUUUGAUGUCCUCAGACUUUUACUCUUUUGAAGGAGUAGCAGUUAUGCUAACAGUCUUCCAGAGCUAACUGUUCAUAACAUCAGCAUGUCUCAUUUUUUUAUUUCUACCUGUGUGAAAUAAACAAGAUAAGAUGUGAAAAGUAAGAUAGUUUUGGAGUUGUUGGGAGCUUUUUCUCUUAAGAAAAGCAGUUUAACCAUCUUAUCAUCUGUCUCUGGUUAAAGUAUAAUUCUGGUGAUUUUCUAUAUUUUUCUUUUUGUCAUCAAAUCUCAUGUUUGGAUCCAAACCAACAAUGAA